UUUCCCUUUCCUUUCCUUUCCUUUCCUUUCCAUGCACACAUAACACACGUGUUAUUUUUCCGCAUAACACACGUGUGUGUUACUGCAGAAAGGAAAGUAAUCCUUCUGGGGCUACCAUAACACUCAACAAAAUAUACACUCGCUUGAUCUUCCCAUGUGUGAGUGGUGAAGUUGGUCGCCAGUUUCAAAGGUUUGGCUUCAGAUUCGCACGAAUGCCUCCGCCCUGUUCUUGAUGUGCUUCUGGACUUUCUUUACCUGUGAGCCUCUCUCCCUCCUUCAACAGAGUUGUUACCUUGCGUGCUCUGCUCACAGAGACCUGGGGAGAUCUCUGUGACAUCAGAACUUCACAAAGCCCUGCUGAUGGGAACGCCUGUGGACCUGGGGCAGAUCCCAGAUCUGGAGAGCAGGAGCCCAACUGCCAGAAUGUAACACACACACACAUACACACACACACACCCCGCCAUGCCCCAUGACGUGGCUGGGGCAGGCCUUGGGUGGCCUGCAGAUCUCUCCGUCCCCUUUCCAUCUUCACGCCUAGAAUAUCUUCCGAAUUUGUCAGGCGGAAGGGGACUGGCUCAAAGAGCCGAUUGUAGGUCACACCUGAUAUGACCGCGUGUGCAUCGUAGAAGCCCAAAGGAACAGCAAGAUGUCCGACUAACCGUUGUCCCUUACAGGGCCAGUCUGGAAAACCAUGCAGUCAUCCGGGCACAGGUUGCGUGAAGUUGAGCACCAUCCACUUCUUGCCGAGAACGACUGCUACGAUUCGUCGUCAUCCGAGUGCGAAGCGGGAGAUCGCCUUUGGUUCAUCCGCGACAGCUGCGGGAUGGUCUGCGCAGUGAUGACCUGGCUUCUGGUGGUCUACGCCGACUUCGUGGUCACCUUCGUCAUGCUGCUGCCUUCCAAAGACUUCUGGUACUCCCUGGUCAACGGAGUCCUCUUCAACGGCUUGGCUGUGCUGGCGUUGUCUUCUCACCUAAGAACCAUGCUGACAGAUCCAGGUGCUGUCCCCAAAGGAAAUGCUACAAAAGAAUACAUGGAGAGUUUGCAGCUGAAACCAGGGGAGGUCAUCUACAAGUGCCCCAAAUGUUGCAGCGUGAAGCCAGAACGUGCCCAUCACUGCAGUAUUUGCAAACGAUGCAUUCGGAAGAUGGAUCAUCACUGUCCGUGGGUUAACAACUGCGUAGGGGAAAGGAACCAGAGGUUUUUUGUGCUUUUUACUAUGUACAUAGCUCUAAUUUCAGCUCAUGCCCUCAUCCUCUGUGGAUUUCAGUUCUUUUCCUGCGUCCGAGAUCAGUGGAUUGAAUGCAGUAACUUCUCCCCGCCCGUGACGGUCAUCCUGCUGAUCUUCUUGUGCCUUGAAGGGUUUCUGUUUCUGACGUUCACUGCUGUGAUGUUCGGCACCCAGAUCCAUUCAAUAUGCAACGAUGAAACGGAGAUCGAAAGGCUGAAGAGCGAGAAGCCCACGUGGGAACGGAGGCUGUGCUGGGAAGGGAUGAAGUCGGUCUUUGGGGGACAACCGUCUCUGCUGUGGAUAAAUCCUUUCGCUGGAUUCCGAAUCCGGAGACUCCUGUUGAUGAGGGCCAAGAAAGGAGCGCCUGAGUUUUCUGUCUGAGCCUGCCCAAUCAUGCUGAAACCCACACGAGGCGUUCGUUGUAUUUAUUGGGGGGGGGCAAGACGGGAAAAAAGCCGCAACCUGGGGCCAGUGGACUUUUAACAAACAAACCGAACAAACAUUUUGCUUGUAGCAAGCAGAGUUUUAUACCUUUAUAACCUCCGACGUCUCGCUCUCGGAACGCGGAAUGUGGCCACGCCUGUCUUUCGUUGAGCAGAACGAACCAAACGCCAGGGGAAAAGGGACAGUUACGCCGAGGAAGUCCAAAUAGCAUCUCCACUGCGGUUACGUGAUUUUAGAGGGACUGCGUAGGCUUUUUUUUUUUUUUUUUUCCAUUUUUCGCCAGAUCUCUUCAUUUAGGAGUCUGUGGGGUUUCCUCUUUUUUUUUUUUCCUUUGAUUUCUCCUCUUUUGAAAAGACUGUUCCUGGAGCCACCAUUGUCAAUCAUGAGACACCAUUGUCAAUCAUGAGACGCCGUUGUCAAUCACAGGACAUGCUGGAAACGGCUAGCCAAACCCAAUCUCCGAAACGAAAAGUUUUCAGGCUGGUGUCUGGAGCCAUGCUGUCCUUUUCCUCUUUGCCCCAACAAGGCCCGUGAGCUGUGUUAGGGUGGGUGAUUAUCUCACACGGCUUCUGAUUCUCCCACUAGAGAACCCAAAGCUUGCCAGGGUGAAGUCUCAAAAUUUCCUCACCUCACCAGAUCAUUCCAUUUUAGGUUCAGUAUCAGUUCAAGUGCUAAAUAGGAAACAACCAUAUGAACAAGUACCGUCUGCUUGUGGAUGCUUGGGUCAAAUGGCUGAUUUUGUCCGCAAUUUGAGGGAAGUCCUCUGCUGUUUGAGGAGGCUGAGAAUGGAUUUUAAAGAAAGGCAACGGAAGUCAAAACCUCUCAAAGUCGGCAAACUCUCCGUUGUCUCUUUCAUGUCACUGCAUUGGGUUGUUGUCAAAUAGGCCGGCAGGUUUUUCAAAAAGUCCUUCUCUCUCCCCCCGCCCCCUCCUCAGCACUGGAAGUGGUGCUAGGGACUCAGGAAACCGGUCAUUGGAAAGGGAGUGUCUUCUGAAGCUCAGCAGAUGUUAGUCUGGAAGGUCAUCCAUCAGACGUCCCUCAAGCCAGUCCAUUUGUUUUGGAAGAAGCUGCCUUAGAUCCCAAGACUACAGGUAGUCCUUGACUUGACAUUCGUUUAGUGACCCAUGGCUGGCUGGGGAAUUCUAGGAAGUUGAGCUCCAGGUGUCUUAAAAGUUGCCAAGGUUGAGAUACAUUAUAAGAAGGGAAGGUCCUUAAGAGGUUGAAAAAUGCUGCAAUUAAGGAAAUACUCACGAAAGGCAGGUGGGCAUUUAACUCCACAUAGGAUUCAGAUCGGUCGUGAAAUUCCACUUGUUUCCUAAUGGUAAUUAUGCUUAAAUUAUGCUUAAAGUAAAAAAAGAGAGAGAGAGAGAUCACCCCCCUCCCCAUGCAGCCUCCUUGUAACCAGAAGACUCAGUACAACUCUUGAGUAUGUAUGUGUAUCCUGAUUUUUUAUAUAUAUAUAAAAAAACCUAGCUUCUUAACUCUAAUAGGGAUGAGUUCUUUUUGUUCUGUAAUGGCAUCGCAUGCUUCUACCCCCUUAGCUGGGCAUCUACAGAGGGUGGCAGGAGGAUACCCGCGUGAUGAAGGUGUCGCAUGAAUGUUGGCGCUUAAUGUGCUUGUGUGUCCAAGGUUGAGAUACAAGUUCAACAGAACUGCAUUUGCACAACGAGGUUUAUGGAUUAAGGAGGGCUUGGGGUGGACACCCCCGAGUCUGUGGUUGACCUCUCAGAGAAGAUUUUGACUUGAGUGAAGUUCUCCGAGUGUAGAUGAAGCAUAUUAGAUUUUUUAAUUGUUUAAUGGGUUUUAGUCGUAAGGUUCUUAAUUUUUGGCCAAAGGGUAUAAUUCUUUUAAAUUUUUAAAUUUUGUAUUGGAUGUUUUUUACUUGGCUGUGCACCGCCCUGAGUCCACCAGGAGAAGGGCGGUAUACAAAUUUAAAUAAAAUAAAUAAAAUAAAUCUGGGGGGCAGCAUGGUGGCUCAGUGGUCGAAGACGCUGGGCUAGUGAGCUGGAAAGUUGGCAGCCCAGGCUCGAGACCCGAGUGCCACAUGAUGACGUGAGCUCGCUCCAGCUCCUGCCAACCUAGGAGUUUGAAAGCAUGUGAAUGCGAGUAAAUAAAUAGGUACCACUUCGGUGGGAAGGGAACAGAGCUCCAUGAUGUCAUGUUGGCCACAUGACUGUGGAAAUGUCUUCGGACAACGCUGGCUCAAUGGCCUUGAAACGGAGAUGAGAACAUCCCCCCCUAUAGAGUCAGCAACAACUAGCAGAGUAAAGUUCUGUAGGAGCCCCUUUUUACCUUAGCAUUUAGACAGAGGUAAGUGUAACGGGCUUAGACCCACGUUGUCGUCUUGAGUUGAAGGCCGUAGAGUGUGACUCUUCGGACGAAGGUAGCUGGCAUUGGCUCCUAUCACUCGUAUUGGAUCUCUGUUCUUGUGGAUGACCGUCGCCUGAAACCCAGUCUUCUCAUUUGCCCGUGGAUUUUGGCAAGACCAACCUUUGGCUCACCUCGCUGCUUGUUGUAUAGUGCCUUACCUUUUUUUGUGAGUUGGGUUGCAUGUUUAUAAGAGAUGUCCAAAGAGAGUGCUGUUAUUGUAAGAGCCUCUCCUAACAUCCUUCCUGGGGCAUGUCAGCAUUUAAAAAUAUUACAGAAUUGAUGGAACUCAGGUGAGGAAGAAGAGAGGCAAAACCUCAGGUGUGUCCUUCGGUAUGUUUUUAAAGACGAUGUAGGUGUUUCUCCUUUCGCAAGCCAAAUCUAGUGGUUCUUCUCCUUUCUGAGAGAACUUGGUCUACCAGUAUGUCUACCAUGGUGUUAAGGAGGACGCCAAUCCUCCAUUCUUAAGAAGGCACAUCAGGCUAAUAAGCCUAUAAAGAUAUCCAUGAAUAUUUUCCCUGAUAUCAGUUGGUACUGCCUGCCAUUUUUAACAUCUGCCGUGCAGAAGAAAUAUUGCCCAUCGCAAGUGACCGGGGCCUUAGUUAGGGGUAAAAUAUUUAGCAUUUACAGAAUCCAGCCACGGAGCGCUUGGUACAUCUUAGCAAACUCUUCUUGGUCAUAUAAACACAAUGUAGGCAGUUCAGUCUUACUUUGAAGUUAAUCCUGGAGGAAACCGCCCAUGGAAGAAAAUGCAACACAAGAUAGAAAGGUGAAAAAAGGAGCCAGUUCAAGAUCCAUUGUGGUUUCAGUUCUACCGUUUGAGAAUUAGGUAUAUCUACCUUUAAGGACCUCACUCAUAUAUAGGCCGCCUCUGGUGGGACUGUCCUUCUGAAACUCAGCAGAUCAUGUUUAAACAUCUGAUUAUGUCUUCUGAUUUAGCAAAUAUGUGUGUGGAAUGGAUGGAAAUGAAGUUCCUUGGUUUUCUGAUCCUCGUUCUGUUGUAAUUUUUUUUAUAUAAAAAUGUGGAAUAAAGUUAACUGAUUGGAGCUUUGUUGACUAGCA